UCGAGAACGUGAGAAUCGUUUGACCGAAAUCGGAACAGUGGAAUAGUUUUUAGUUUUCGCUAGAAUAGUGUUUGCGAAAUUCGCUCUCGAUGGCCGCUGCCACCGCCGCCGCACACCCAGCGCCGCCGCCACAUGCUGGUGGCUCACGGCCUGGUCCUCCUCCGCUGGCACCGUGGACCCCGGACAAAAAGCACAGUGAUCGGGAGCGAUGGGUUUGCAUCUACCCGACGUACGUGAAUCGGAAGAAAACGCGCCAGGAAGGUCGCCGCCUUCCGAAGGAAAGCUGCGUGGACGAUCCAUCGAUGCAGGAAAUUCGCGACGUUCUGCAAGCGAUCAACAUGAACACACUGUUGGAGCUGAAGCAGUACCCGCGGGAGCGGAGCAGAGAACUACAGCACCGCGGGCGGAUUCGGGUGCAGCUGCGGGAUGACUCUGGCAAUCCGAUGAAUGCCGAAUAUCCGACGAGAGACAGUUUAUUGCUGCACGUGGGCAAAACGAUUCCGAUGCUGAAAAGCCGCCAAACGAAGGCACCGGAACAGGCGCAGGUGGCCGCUUCGUCCAGUGCGGGACACUCGCAAAAGAAGGGCAAAGGCAAACGACGAUAGCCGGAGUGUGA